AUGACCGAUGGCAGCGAGUUGCAAUUUUUUGAAAAACUCGAACCGCCACCCGAAGAAGAGGAAACGGUUCCAGCAGCCGGUGGUUAUUUCUCAAACUUUAUUGGGCAAAUUUUCCGCAGCGAUGGGACACCGCAAACAAAUGGUGUGGCUAGUACGUCGGAAGAUCGGCGAAAUCUUGAGCGAACUGAGUCCGAUGAGUCCCGCAGUUCUGAAGAGAGUGGCUUCCAACGUUCAUUGACGGAGAAGUUCAGUGAAUUGCUGAAAACAAAGAAGAAUCCCAACCUGAAAGACUACAACGAUAGUAAUUUUAAGCAAUACUGGAUGCCUGACUCAACGGGAAGAGAGUGUUACCAAUGCGAAGAGCGUUUCACAACGUUUCGCCGACGUCAUCACUGCCGACUUUGUGGACAAAUCUUCUGUGCAAAGUGCUGCAGCAGUCACAUUGACGGCGCCGCGUUGGGAUACAUGGGAGAACUUCGACUGUGUGAUUAUUGCGCUCGCAAAGUGCAACGAUUGGCGGAGGAUGGAAAAACUACGCCAUCGGGAGGAAGGGCACAAACUCCAGUUAAUGGUCGGAAAAUCAGUUAUGAUAAGAGCAGUGGACACAAGAACUCGGAUACAGUGAAAACAGUGUCGAAUGGCGCCAUCUGGGCUCUGUGCCCUCCGGAAUCCUCAAUCUCUACCGAUGUCACAUCUGCCUCCGGUCAAAUCAACAGCAGUCGUCGGAACUCUCUAGUCCCUAGCAGCUCUGGUCCAGGAAUCCCUACAAUCCUCUCUGUAGCUGAUCUCUGUGCAUCUAACUCUGCAAUGCUCAACAGCAACAACCAUGCUCAUCCGAUGAUCACUGAGGAAGAAGAGUCAGGCCCCGACUGGUUCCGUACAAUGAAUCCUGGAAUGGAUGGUGUUAUCAAUAAUGAGAUCUCUGACUCUGCAGACGUCUUUGCGUAUGCAAAUCUCGCUGGAGCUAUCACCACCGAUAUGAUGGAUGCCCGCUCUGGGGAUCAGACGCCAUCUGCUUCUGAUCGCAAAAUCACAUUCCCAUCGUUAUCACUCGAUGAGUCUGUCAUGAAUGCAGCCAAAGAAGAACAAAGAGACAAUCUAGAGGAGUUCUUCCGUCAGAACACCGAACGAAUUCUCGACGAAGUGCUGAAACGUGAAUACAUCAGAGAAGACAAAUGGAGAGACCUGAUUUUAAAGACAGUGAAUGAAGUGGUACAAAAUGUGGAAGUCAAUGUGCAAGGUGGCGAUUCUAUGAACCUGGCAGACUACGUACAUGUGAAAAAGAUUCAUGUGAAUGGAGGAAAAAUUGAUUCGGAAAUCAUUUGGGGUGUGGCAUGCAGUAAGAGUUUAUUGUACGGGUCCGUGGAUGGAGAAAGUGAGAGCAAGACAACAGAGUCAGUGAUGAUAGUCAGUGGAUCAAUCGAGUAUGAAAGAGUUUCCAAUAAAUUGUCGUCGAUUGAACCGAUCAUUGUUCAAGAGGAAAAGUUUUUGGAGAAGCAGAUCGAUCGAAUUGCCACAAAACGCGCUUCACUGAUUCUCGUCGAAGGUGGAGUCUCUCGAAUCGCCGCUCAACUUCUUAAUGCAAGAGGCGUCAAAGUUGCAGUCAAUGUGAAAAUGAGCAUCCUUCAACGAGUAGCAAGAGCCACUGGAGCAGACAUCGUCUCUAAUUCUGAUGCUCAACUCGUUGAGCAAAACCUCGGUUGCUGUCCAGACUUUGAGCAGAGAAAUCUUUUCCAGGAGGACGGAAGAAUUAAGACAGUGAUGGUCUUUGGAGACUGCCAGAAAGAAGUCGGAUGCACAAUUCUUCUUCAUGGUGACGAUUUUAAGGAACUGGUGGCAGUGAAGAGAGUUGUCCAGUUUUUGAUCACUGUGGUCUACUCGAAUUAUCUCGAGCAGUCUUACUUGAACGCUUUCAACACCACUAUUGCAAGGAGACAGUCGGAUUGCAUUGUUUGUGAAAAACGACGAGCAAUUGUGUAUUCACAAGGAGUCAAGACAGAGUUUGAGCAGAAUCUCUACGCAACGAUUUUAUCAAGCUCUCCAGUGAUUGAAUUUGAGCCGCCGUUUUUGGAGACUGCUAUCGGAAGAGAAUGCCCACUCAUUGCUUAUUUCAAGCAGCCGCUAUACAAACUUUUGAAGGCUGGCGAUGUGGAACUCAUUAAGGAAGGAUAUGAAGAAGAUGUUUCACCCGUUAAGCAGAAAGAAAAAGUCGCUGUUGGGCUUCGACACGCGAUGGCGAAUUGUAAUCGAGGCGCAGCACUCACAGGAUUGGCAAAGUCAUUUAGACUCUUUGGAGGGCUCAACUUCCGUCGAAGAGCUGCACAGAUUGUGGAGAAUAGAAAAGUGGAGGAGACAGAAAAGCCAACAUUCCGUGCAAAAGAUGUUUUGGAUCCUCGAGUUCAUCAAACCCUUGCAGUUCUUUUCGGAUCGUUCUCUCGAAAAUCUCCAAACGCCCCAUACUUUUGUGUUCGCCCUUGGGUGGUCAGUAUGCAAUACUACAAUGAUCAUGACAUGACACUCGGAGAGUUCUUGGUCAAGUACUGCUUCAAUCGAGGUUACGAAUGUCCAUCGUCAAAUUGUGAAGUUCCAAUGAUGGAUCACUCGAGAAAAUUGGUUUAUGGAAGAGUUUGUGUGGAGAUCUCUACUCAAACUGUGGCAGAAUCUGACAAUUCAUUGGAAAAUGACCAGCAGAAGGGUAUCGUGACGUGGAGAAACUGUGGAAAGUGCAACUGCUCGUCUCAAAUGGUAAAGUUCGACAAGGCAAUCUGGCAUCUGUCCUUUGCAAAGUUCCUGGAGUACAUUGGCAACUCAUGCUUCACAACUGACACUAUCUAUCCGAUCAGCACACAAAAGCAGUGCUCCCACUGUUUCUUCCACGAGAAAUUGUAUUUCUUUGCAAUGGAAAAUCUGGUGACCACUUUCAAAGUUAUUGCUAUCAGCCCAUAUAGCGUCGUCUUCUCACCAAUUAUUUGCAAUGUGAAGGUUCAGAAAAUUAGCAGAAAAGAUCUUGGAGAUGAUAUUGGUAGAAUUGCUACACUUGCUCUGCAAGCAUGUGAAGACACCAAUAAACAAUUGGCAGAACUCGACGAAGAACUUCAAGUGACUCCGGCUGUUGUCAAACUUGCUGCGGCAAUUCGAAACACGAUGUCACUUGCCAGCGAAAGUCGUAUGUUCGCCAAAAGUAUCCUGAAUGGAGAUGAAGAAUUGAUUCUUUCCAAUGAUCGACUCUAUCGGGAAGUGGAUGGCACUUUUAUGAAGGUUCGAGAAGUCACCUACAACUUGAUCACUUUAUGGAACGAAAAUUGUAUGACCAUCAAGUACCCAAGAAAGUCGCCAGAGGAUAUUCAAGAGAUUGUUACCCUUCAAAAGUUGGAGAAUCCUUUCCCAUCGUACCUCCAUCUCUCCAUCAAGCUUCAACCACGACUCGGAGUCGUUGUCCGUGACAUUCAGGACACACGUGGCAACUAUAAGCCUGACAUUGGUAGCAUUAUUGCUUAUGCGUUGUCUGCAGUAGACUACAACAAAGUUCCGGACCAGGCGGACACAAUUUCCGUAGACUCUUCCACAUCUUCUCUGAAGGAUAUCCCAGCUGAUGAUGGAGAGAACUUGGCGUCCCCUCAACAUCUAGAAGUCGAAUUUGAGGACGAAUCAGCUUCAUAUUAUGUUAAGAUGUUCUAUGCCGAAAAAUUCCGGAAGCUUCGUGAACUUCUCAUCGCUGAAGGAGAGGAAACAUUCAUUCGCUCACUAUCCAAAAGCACUUUCUGGACGCCACAAGGAGGAAAGUCUGGAUCAUUUUUCUACCGUACCCAAGAUGAUCGCUUUGUGGUUAAACAAAUGUCUCGGUUUGAGAUUCAGUCGUUUGUGAAGUUCGCUCCAAACUACUUUGACUAUCUGACUACUUCGGCAACAGAGAGCAAGUUGACAACGCUGUGCAAAGUUUACGGAGUGUUCAGAAUUGGAUAUAAGAGCAAGACCACUACACUAAAGGUGGACAUUCUGGUUAUGGAAUACCUGUUUUAUAAUCAUAACGUCAAUCAAGUUUGGGACCUGAAGGGAUCUUUGCGUAAUCGCCUCGCCUCGACCGGCAAAAGUCCCAACGAAAUGGUGCUGCUCGAUGAAAACUUUGUCAAAGACCUUUGGAACCAACAGCUCUACGUUCUUCCCCACUCAAAAGCGGCCAUGAACCAAGCGAUCAGCAAUGACAGCCAUUUCCUGAGCUCUCAAUCCAUCAUGGACUACUCUUUGCUGGUCGGUGUAGACGACGACAACGGGGAGUUGAUUCUUGGAAUCGUUGACUACAUGAGAACAUAUACUUUGGAUAAGAAACUCGAAUCAUGGGUCAAAAUUGUGGCCAUUCCGGGAGCCCACCUCCCAACCAUCCUCAGUCCCGAAAUGUACUGUGCUCGUUUCUCGGAGGCCAUUGACUCCUACUUCCCUGUUGUUCCUGAUCAAUGGACUGGUCUUGGAUCUAUCCGAUCUUAUUGA